AAGGUUUUCAGAGAGGGAGAGGGAGAGAGAGAGAGCGACAGAGAGGGAGAUAGAACUCCUAAGUUGCACUUUUGACAAGUUUCUCAUCUAGAUUUUACAAGUGUGCUAUAUACAUAUAAGGUGUAAUCUGCUUAAAGCCUCCAAUUGGUCAUUGAAAACUAAUUUAAGAUGGCGGAAGAUAAACAUGAUACCGCUGAGAUAGCCACAAAGUAUCUUCUGAUUCUCUUCAAUUUCCUCUUCCUUCUGGUCGGCGUCGCUCUCAUCUCCGUCGGCAUAGUCGUUAUCGUCCAUACCAACCAGAUUUACAUCCUGGAAAUACUGGACAACCCUCUUAUUCGUAACGGUGCUUACCUGAUUAUUGGCCUUGGAUGCUUUAUCAUUGUAGUAUCGGUGGUAGGAUACUUCGGGGCCUGUAUGGAGUCCAGGUGUACGCUUAUAAUAUACAUCAUCAUCCUCGUGAUCAUCUUCAUCGCACAGCUGGUUGGAUGUAUUUUGCUUCUUGCUUACAGGAGCCAGGUAACGAGCACUCUUUUCUCCUCCAUCGAUUCCUACCAAGGAGAGGAUGCAAACAAUGAUACUACCAGCACCGGAUGGAAUGCCAUUCAGAUUCUUUUUGAAUGCUGUGGAAUCGAUGGAUAUGAAGACUGGGCCGAUAGCACUUGGGUAAACGAUACCAAUCCAACGAUCACGAUCGAUGGCAUCUCCUACGACCAGACCUACCCCGCAACAUGCUGUGUGUCUGAGGACAAGUUCACAAGUAUUUUCGGUGGAUAUUGGCCGACACCAUUAAACAUCUCAUCGUGUAUGGGCAUUCAAGGACCACUCUCAAACGACACUCUCAAUACACGGGGCUGUUACAAUGUUUACUACGAUUUUGUUACCAGUCAAGUGCUUUUAGUCUGUAAAGUAGGUUUCGGACUUCUUCUCCUCGAGCUCAUACCAAUGGCAUUCGCUGCUAUCCUUUACCACGCUCUCUCACGUCGUGACAACAAUCGCCGUUUUUACACUGGCAUUAGACUUCGCUCCAGACAAAAAUAAUAAAAUAUCCCAGGUUUCCCCAUAUGAAGGUAACGAUUUAUUAGACUACUUGUAAAAGGGAACCUUAGUAUUGUAUAUAGUUUUCGUAAAGGAAGAUACCAUUUUUCUUUCUCACUUUGAUGAAGACAACAUGGAGAUGCAUUAAUGUUUAUAGAAACCCGUCCGUGUGGUAUUGUUGAAUCUCCUUCCAACUUGACCUUUUUUUUUGAUAAUUUCCAUAAUUUUUCAAUAAAAUUUAGUGAUAUCUGUAAUAUAUCUGGGCCCCGUCUUAGAAAGAGUUACGAUCGAUCCAAUCAAUCGUAACUCCAUCAGUAUCAUUAUUUUUUCUACAGGAAAAUUUUAAAAUGUCCUUUGUAAACAAAGAACACAUCAAAUUGUCGAGUAAUCAAUGAAUUUAUGGAUAUAAAUUACAUUCAUAUUUAGACAAAUUCAUGACCAAACAUGUAUUUUUACAUGCUGACAAUGCUGCCCGUCCAUUGUUGCGAUUGAUCGGAAGAAUCGCAACUCUUAAUAAGACAGGCCCUAAAUUGUGUGAUUUGUUGUAUAGCUUAAUAGUUUUAGUUGUGGGGUGAUUGGUUGGACGAUUUAUUUUCUCUUUCAAUUGAUA